CUGCGUACCAGGGGCGGACUGACCAUUUGGAAACUCGGGCACUGACCGAGGGCCCAGGGUCAUUAGGGGGCCCCAUGAGAUAACCCUGGUACCUUUUUCAUAGGCUUUUUUGAGUUUGGACAAGGACACAGGGGCCCCAUGAUCCCCUAUUGCUCGGGGGCCCCAUGAGUUGUAAGUCCGCCCCUGCUGCAUACCCUCAGUUCUUAGCACUGUGUAUUGCCUCCUUUAGCAUUAAUGACAGUGUGCAAUCUUUUGUACUCACUUGUGUAGAUGGAGAAAUC